CUAAAUGAGUUUGAUUAAUGUAACAGCUACAUGAAUCAGAAUUUAUUUAACACGUAGGAUAUUAGAUGUAUAUUUUUGACUCAUAUUUGCUAGAUAUUUGCUAGAUAUAGAAAUAAACCAGGGCCUCAGAGUUCAGUGUUAUGGAUACACUGAGUGAACCUCGUCGUGAUGUAAGUAGCCUGAAUGAUCCCCGACAGUGCAAGUCGCCAGCACACAGCCCUCCAUCUGCAGAACCGAUUCAGAGUGAAGCACCCCGGUUCCAGGCCAUCAGUGUGAUUCGUCACACGUCUGAUCCGCUGCCUCUUCCUUCUUCAGAGACAUUCAACCCCGACCCCGACUCUUGCCCCAUCAGCGCCACCCAGAGUCACAGCAGUGGCCCAAGUGACAGGGAUUCUGAAGUAAAUCUUGAAAAUCUGAGCUCUGGCUGCUUCACCACGGCCUCCAAAACCCCUCCUGGUUUUCUCAGGAUACUCCCGGCUUGUCCCACCACUGCGUCAUCCGUAGCAGUGUUCCAGAUGCUUCCAUGUACAUUGAUCAGCACACCAGCUCCAUCCACAGUUAAUCCCCCAGUUUUAGUGGCCUCUCAUGUUCCCACCAUGGUACUGGUGCUUCCAAAGUCACACACACAGCCUCUGGUGGUCACGACUGCAGGGUCAAAGGUCACUGCCGUCAGCCCCAUAGCGACGAACCCGCCACGGCUUCGUUGCCACACCUGCACCCACGCUAACUGUGGUAAAACAUAUCUGAAAAGCUCCCACCUGAAAGCACACCUGCGCACGCACACAGGUGAGAAGCCGUUUAGGUGUCAGUGGGAGGGCUGUGAAUGGCGAUUCUCCCGCUCAGAUGAACUCUCCCGGCACCGACGCACUCACACAGGGGAGAAACGCUUCACCUGCCCCGCAUGCCACCUUCGCUUUACACGCAGCGACCACCUGGCCAAACACAAGCGUCGCCAUUAUAUGGCUAAGAGAGCUCCGGCCUGGCAGGCACAAAUCAGCCGGACUGGCAGCUUCAGUGCAGGAGCACGAACUCUCCUCCCCAUCACACUUAAGCCACGGGUCUGAAGGAAUGACUCAAAGAAAGAGGAUGGAUGCUCAUGUUAGGAUUGGUUACUGCACUUUCUUCAAGUUCGGUGUGGGCAACAAUGCACUUUAUACAGUAUAUUAGCUCUAAUCAGUCAGGUGCAGAUAAUCGUUAGAGUUGGAUACGGAAGGAGGUUUAAUUUUUUCUCAGCAUUUAUCAGGCUGUAGAUGGAUUCACAAUCUAAACCUUGAUCAGGCUUGGACAAAACAUUUUCAGAAUGUGUCCGGAUGUUUGAACUGCAUUCCAAGCUCUAAUUCAUUGAUAGACCUUGUUAGCGUAAAGAAAUAAACAUACACUUAAGUACACUCAUUUACUGACAGUGUAAUGCCAAACAGACCAACAUGUACAUUUCCAUCUGAGGAAUCGAAUACAUCUGAAUGACACUCAAGUUUGUUUUAGUAAACCGGGAAGCUUGUCCAUCUUCUACACGCGUCCCCACGUUACCAACCUACUCCAACAGCACUUACAGAAACCAUAUAGCACUUUCUUUAGCACACUUCAAACGGCACAUAUACAUCAUCAACAUACAACCAAAAGCUUCUAGGCAUGUGCAGAUAAUUGGACAUGUCUCAAUAUGUAACACACAAACACGUGAUACUGGAAAAAAACUAUUGUCACUGUGACUGUUUCAUUCCGAAACAAGCACCCUAGCAUAAGCAGAGUCCUUCACAGCAUGAGGUUUUUUAUGUGUUUAAACACUGUGAAAUGAGAACAUGGUAAUUAGCACUAGAUCAUGAGAAUAUUGUUAACUGCAAGAAGGGCCUAAAGUGAAAUGUAUACAAUUUUCUCUAGCUGUAAGCUCCCUUCUUUUUUUUUUUUUUUAGCAACAUUUAUUUGGUAGCUUGAGCAUAGAACUGUCAAAAAACAGUCAACAUUGGAGAUGACAUGUCAGCACAGCACAAGUAAUAAAUAAACACUGAUUCUGACCAGCAGAAACAGCAACAGUGAAUUAUUUCCAGGAAAACUAUUUCCAUCCCUCAUAGUUCAUUGACACUGUUGUACAGAGGGGCAUUAAACUUCUCAGUGCCAGCUGUAAUUCAGUUGACUUAAAAACAGGAUGCAGUGGGUCAGUGGAUAAACUGCAUAAUUUCAUUAACUCCACUUCCCCAUGUUGGUGUUAGUUCUGCAGCUGUAGAUCUGAGGAAUGAAAGAUACACUUUUUAACGCGAACUUGCCUUAAAGAAGCACAUGUCUGACACCAAGCCUGUUUUUAUUUUUCCACUCAUCAACUACAUUAAGAUUUGAGAUCUAAUGUUCACACAAAUAUGGCUUUGAGUGAUUACGGCGAUAUGAAAAUUUAGAAUCAGCACAUGCCUAGAAGCUUCACAUAGAAAACAGGACGAUAAGGGGGAAUUCAUCUGCUUUGCCACGCUACUAAAAUGAAGCCAUGCAAUUGUAUUCAAUAUUGCAGUUCUAUUACGAUAAAAACUUUGCAGUGAGUCAUUUUCACAGCAUCAUAGCUCUCCAAAUUCCUAACACUUCAUGGAUAGGACGUGAGAAAAUAAUAUUUUCCCACUAACCAUCUGUGUUCCGAUAUUGCUUUUGACAAACACUUAUCCAGCGCAACUGCAGCACAAGCAGAGGAGAGUGUAGCAAUCUCUUUGUGAAUCUCCAUGCUAAAUUGCAAGGAGUUACUAGCUGUCAGAAGUAGACAGCAGUGUUAUCCCAGCCUUAACAUAGCGAUAUAUAGAGGAUUUAGUCAGCCUCGUCAGCUCUUACUCCUUCUAGAUGUUUACUCAUGUUUCUAAGGUGGCCAUCUAUGAAACUUUACAUAUGUUUGUUAAGUAGAUGAACAUUUUUAAGAUGGCAGCAAGAAAAUCAACUAAGAGGAAAUGGUAAGAGGAAAUUAAAAAAAAAAUUUACCACAUGUGCAUUAAGAACAGUAGCAGAACAGAGCUGGACUCAAAUAACUCUAAAAAUAUCAGACUUCACAGCGGCAGAGCUGCACUGCCACCUGCUGACUUCUCAAACACCAGCAUCAUAAAUACAUGGUUCUUU